AUGAAGUCUGCUCUGCCGAUAGAAGAUGAAGCGCAGUUUCCCUGGAGAUGCGCGGGUCCCUCAAGCUCUUGCUGCCUGCGGCCGUGGUAGGUGCAGUUGUCGUGAACGCGGCGACUACGAGCUUGGAUGGAAUCUACUCGUUGGUGCAGCGGCAGAUGCCCGCGCAUGAGGACGCGUUCACGUUCUCGUUGAUCGAAGGAGACGGCGACUCGUUCGUCAUCAGUGACACGGAAGGUACCAGCGGCAGUAUCACGGUCCAAUGCACAACCGUCAUCGCGUGCGCGAGAGGGCUCUACACCUACGUAACGGAAUACGGCGGCGUUGACAUCUGGUGGACAGGUUCUCGUCUCAGUCAAUUGCCUUCCACCCUACCCUCGGUUGGCCAGCCUGUCAAUGGAAGCUCUGUGGUUCCUUACAGAUACUUCUUCAACACUGUCACCUUCUCGUACACAGCCGCUUUCUGGGAUUUCGACCAAUGGUCUCUGGAAUUGGAUUGGCUCGCUCUGCGCGGCGUCAAUCUGCCUCUGGCAUGGGUCGGCUACGAAUACAUCCUCACCCAGGUGUUCCAGGAGGCAGGACUCAGCGACGCAGACAUCGCCUCUUUCCUCUCCGGGUCCGCAUUCCAGGCGUGGAACCGUUUCGGUAACAUACAAGGCAGCUGGGGCGGCGAUUUGCCGACACAGUGGAUCGACGACCAGUAUGCCCUGCAGCAGCAGAUCGUGCAGCGGAUGUACGAGCUCGGGAUGACCCCGGUGUUGCCAGCAUUCACUGGUUUCGUUCCCCGUGCUAUGGCUCAGGUCUAUCCAAACGCGUCGAUCGUGAACGGAAGCCAGUGGGACGGAUUCCCAUCCACACUCACAGACGUGUCCUUCCUCGAGCCAUUCGACCCUCUCUUCACGACGCUCCAGAAAUCAUUCAUUUCAAAGCAGCAGGCGGCAUACGGCUCGAACCUGACGCACAUCUACACCCUCGACCAGUACAACGAGAACAACCCGUACAGCGGCGAUACUGGCUACCUCACCAACAUAUCCACGAACACCUUCGCCGCGCUGCGCGCCGCGGACCCCGAGGCGGUCUGGAUGAUGCAGGGCUGGCUCUUCUACGCGAGCGAGUCCUUCUGGACGUCCGACCGCAUCUCUGCGUACCUCGGCGGCGUGCCCGGUAAUGACAGCAUGAUCGUGCUCGACCUGUACUCCGAGGCGCAGCCGCAGUGGCAGCGCACGGACUCGUACUAUGGCAAGCAGUGGGUCUGGUGCGAGCUGCACGACUAUGGCGGGAACAUGGGCAUAGAGGGCAACCUCCCCGAGCUUGUCACUGGCCCGCUCGAGGCGCUUGCUGCGUCGCCGAAUAUGAAGGGCAUGGGCCUGACUAUGGAAGGUCAGGAGGGGAACGAGAUCGUAUAUGACAUCCUGCUCGACCAGGCAUGGUCGUCCACCUCCAUCAACAUCACUUCGUACACGGAGAAGUGGGUCGCCCGCCGGUACUACGUCGAUUCCCUCCCUUCCGCUGCACAGGAAGCAUGGAGGAUCCUCAGUACGACCGUCUACAGCAACACCAACUCGGACACCCAAGCGACGAUCAAGAGCAUAUUCGAGUUGGCCCCCGCCAUCUCUGGACUGACAGACCGCACGGGCCACCACUGCACUGAAAUACCCUAUGAUACCAAUACCACCAUCGUCCCCGCGCUGCAAUAUCUAGUCGAAGCAGCAACACAGAAUGCCGCUCUCUUAGAUGUACCCGAAUUCACAUACGACAUCGUGAACGUCGCAAGGCAGCUCCUCGCGAACAGGUUCAUUGACGUAUACAAUUCGUUCAUAUCCGCGUAUGAGACGUCCGACGCGACCGCUGCCUCCAUCAAUGAAGCAGGCGCGCCGCUCCUCGCCCUCCUCUCUGACAUCGACACGCUACUCUGGACGAACGACAAUUAUCUUCUCGCCAACUGGAUCUCGGACGCGCGCAGCUUAGCAGGGAGCAAUACCACCUAUGCCGACUACCUCGAAUACAACGCGCGCAAUCAAAUCACUCUUUGGGGCCCCGACGGCGAAAUCGACGACUACGCGUCGAAGCAGUGGGCGGGGCUCGUCGGCACGUACUACUUAGACAGGUGGCAGACGUUUGUCUGGUACCUCGCGAACAUCACGCAGAAUGGGACGAGCUACGAUAGCACGGCCUUGUCGGAUGAGCUUCUGGCAAUUGGUGAGGCCUGGGACAGUCAGAUUUGGGGCCAGAGCUCGGGAGAAGGGUGGAAUGUCACUGGAGAUGCUAUGAGCGUAAUCGCGGACGUGAUACAGAAGUGGGUGUGA